UGUUUGAUACGGCCCUGCCAUGGUGUCUGUCGCUCUGCCUGUCGCUGGUGAUGGUGGCAACACUGCGAGGUGUUUCAGGUAAGGUCACCGCUCCCUCGAGCGUGCAGGCCCAGCUUAACCUCCCCUUCACCCUGGGCUGCAACCUGACGACGCGGAGGGGUGAUGUCCUGAAGCAGGUGCGGUGGCUGGACGGCCAGAACACCACGCUCCUGACGUACGUGCCGGGCCAGCCCGCCACCAUUGGCGACCACCGCGUGGAGCAGGCGACGAUGCGCCGGCACACCACCGCCAUCACCAUCAAACGGGUGGGUCCCAAGGACGAGGGCUGCUACCGCUGCACAUUUGACAUCCAGCCAGGGGGCAUGCAGGAGGGACGGACUUGCCUGACCGUCACAGCGACGGUGAGCGCAGAGGGGAACAGGACGGCGCGGAGUGGGACGCUGGUCACCCUGUCCUGCAGGUACGGCCUGCCCCAGAAAGUGCUGCAGGUGCUGUGGAGGAAGGUGUCAGGGCGGGGCCAGGCAGGCGACGUGGCCUCGUACGGCCAGCGGGGGGACCCCGUGAUCGAGGAGCCGCUGCGGGGGCGCGUGGCGCUCAGCCACACGCUGGGAGAGUCCCGGCUGCACAUCUGGGGCGCGCGGCCGGACGACGAAGGCUGCUACACCUGCGAGUUCCACUCCCUCUCCGAGGGCAGCAAGAGCGCCGUGGCCUGCCUCACCAUCUACGUUCUGCCCCGACCCCAGAUGAGCUACAGGACUACGGCACAGGGGGCGAUCGAGGCCAACUGCACUGCGCUGGCGCGGCCCCCGGCGGAGAUCGUCUGGAACGUGGAGGGGGACAACCGGACGCUGGGCCCGCCCGUGACCACGUCCGUCGCGCAGGAAGAUGGGACCACCCUAGUGGUCAGCACCCUGACCGUGCAGGCCGCGCUCCUCAGGGACAAGUCUGUCAAGUGCCUGGUGCACCACCGUGGCCUGGAGUCGCCCAUCUCCAUCUCCAUGAACACCAAGUUGGUGACAGCCCUUGCCAUCCUCAUCUCAGUGACCAGCGGUGCCACGCUGCUCCUCGUCUCCAUGUGCAUCUGCCUGUUCAAGUGCGUCCUGCGCAAGGACAGUUGAUCUGCUCAGAGGAAGCAGCUGGCAGUAAGAAUCUCAGUUUCACUUGGCCUACAUAAAGCACCUUGCACAGAAAGAUGGCAUAUCUGUGAGCACCAUCCGUGAUAAACUCCUGCAACAAAGACCGCAGAAAGUGGACAUUGCACACCAUCACCCUGUUAAUACCAUUCUGCACCAUCAGGACUGAAGCUGUGCAGUUGUAAAACUUUAAUGGUUAAACCUUAAAUGUGACUGUGUGCACAGUAUGCGUAGCUACAAAGCCUAAUGCUUAACGUGGCCAGAAUUAAAAUCAAAACCACAGAGACCUCUAUGGUACUAGUUUGGAGGGAUGUUGCUGCGACAGAGACUGAGCCGGAACUGUAUGAGGCAACAGGGGAAUUCUGCGAUGGCUCGUUACCCUUUGACGAGGUGAGGUGCAGCUGGAAAUGCACUGUACACAGAACUGUUUGCAGUUUUCCAAAUAUGGUAUGAAACAGUGACUGUCUACCCUCAGACAUCCUGCUGAUCAGGUGCUCACCUUGCUACUACAGCUGUUGCCAUCCCUGUCUCUCUGUGAUGUCACCACUGGAUGAGGCCCCAUAAAGCAACACUCUUGGAUCUUAAUAUGCCUUAACACUACU